UCGUGAAGGGAAGACUGGUGACGGAACACUCGCACCAUUCAACUGGGAGCCCAGUUUUACCUGCUGUACAUCCCUGUGAAACUUAAUGGAAACUUCACUCACCAUGCCUAAGCUACAGGCAGAGUCAUCAUGACAGCAGCACAUGACUGAGGCACACCUGAGGUGUGACAGGGGUACGUUAGGCUCCUGUCUCCUCAAAUCAGCGAACGGAGCGUUGCCGAGUGUAGAUCAACUCUAAACUGCACCUGGAUUAACGCAGACAGCCAGCUCCUCUCACUGCAGCGGCGAUGGCGGCAAACUCAACAGUCCUUCUGGUGGGGAAGUGCCUGAAGCGGGAAACUGGCAACGCCACCACGUUGGCUCGCUUUGGGCGUGCAUUGAGGAGCGGAGGGUGGGAGGCAGUGACCAGAGACCCUGACAGCAUUCCUCACACCGACGCUCUGCGCGCCCUCACCAAACAGUACAAUAUUAUCACUGUUUUGGGUCUACACGCCUAUCGCACAUCCCAUGUGCUGCUGGCUUGCCAGGAACUCGGCGUGCCCUACGUGACUGUGUUCGGCGGCACCGACGUGAACGAGUGCGUCAGAGAUGCCGUGAAGAAGGAGGUGAUGGGACGGGUGGUGGCUGGCGCUAAGAGCCUCGUCGCGUUCCAUGACUCGAUGCGAGACGCUGCUCUUCAAGUCUGGCCGUCAAUACUCCCGAAUAAAAUAUGGAUAAUGCCUCAAGCUGUUGUAGUUGAUCCCAACUUGGACUUCGACGUGUUAUCAUACUUAAAUGCGAAAGAGGCAGCUCACGUAGAGAACAGAGCUCACAGCAGCGAUCAUGACACAGCCACCUUACACCACGAGAACAAGGGCGCUGAGAAAUCUGUUCAGUCAGCAGGAAGGAAUGAAAGCACAAGGCUAGAGGAAUGUAGCGCCUUGGGAAAAUUUUGCACCACAGAAAACGUUCCACCGCAUGAAGGUAAAGGGGCGACUGCACGAAACGAAAACGUGAACACUCGGACAAACGGGAUCCUAUGUAAGCCACAAAUGGAAGGGUUGUCUGGACUAGUGGAAUUGCCUGCACUAUUUCAGCCGUUGGUAUUGAUGGUGGCUGGACUCCGCCCUGUUAAGGACGUGCUGUUCCUGACGGAGGCGUGGAGCGAGUGGCAGCAAGCGCGGGGAGGAUAUGGUCGCUUCCUCAUCGUUGGGCCCUCUCUUGACCCUCAUUAUGCUGACCACGUGCUCAUCCAAGUCAGCAGGUUGAGUGGCGUGCGUGUGUGCCCCAGUCUUACCCCUCGGGAGUGUCAAGCUGUCAUAAGGAACGCCACCGUCCUGGUUAAUUCAUCCCGCUCUGAGAGUAUGGCAAGCUCGAUUAUGGAGGCAAUGGCUCUUGGUGAGUGUCUGUUUGCCCAUUCCUUCCCUGACUUUUUUUUUUUGUCUCAGAAGGCCGGCAGAUGA